AUGUCCAUUAUGGCUGGAUGGCAAUUUCAAUGUGCUGCAACAACCUGUUUACCAUUUUCUACUGAUAUUGCAUCAAAUAUUGUUCAGUGUCAAUCUAACUGUUUAGCGCACGUUCAAUGUAAAGCUGCUAGUUUCCACCAAUCAAAUUCUAGUUGUCAAUUGUUUGAUAGCAUGCCGAAUCAAAACAAUAGUUUGGUAUUAACUAUCGGUACUGUUGCUAUGAUGGUCGUCUCUGGAACACGAAUACCGUCCGACUCGAUUACUACAUCAACAACAGUCGCACCAACUACGUCGACAACAACAACAACAACAACGUCGAUAACACUAAUACCUGAUGAAUGCAAUAGCAUGUAUUACAAUCGACCUAGUUACUCUGUUGGCUACUCUCCGCUCACAAUAUCAGUUACAGAUCUGAAUGGUGACAACAAACCUGAUAUAGUUACAGCAAGUUACACUACAAAUACUACCAGUGUUCUUCUCAAUCGCGGCAACGGUACGUUUUCUUCUCAAGUUAUUUAUCCAACUGGUAAAAGUCCUCAGACAGUUGCUACGGCCGAUACAAACGGUGACAAUAAGUCUGAUAUAGUUACGGCCAAUUCAGGUGAAAAUACAGUUACUGUUCUUCUGAAUAUCGGAAAUGGCUCAUUUGCUUCUCCAAUAACUUACCCAGUCGGUAAUUAUCCAUACUCAGUGGCUCUCGCAGACGUUAACAAUGACAAUCAACCUGAUAUAAUUACGACAAACGUCGGCACAAGCACUAUUAGCGUUCUUCUCAAUAAUGGUAAUGGUACAUUCUCUCCUCAAAGUAAUUAUACAACUGGCAAUCUUCCAUACUCAGUUGCAGUUGUUGAUGUAAACAAUGACAACAAAUCUGAUAUAAUUACGGCUAACUUUGGUACAGGCACUGUUAGUAUUCUUCGGAAUACGGGUAAUGGUAUAUUUGCUUCACCAAUUACUUACUCAGCUGGUCCCAGUACGUACUCAGUUGCGGCUGUCGAUGUCAACAAUGACAACAAGCCUGAUAUAAUUACGGCUAAUGGUGGUGCAAAUACUGUUAGUGUUCUUCUCAAUAUGGGUAACGGUACGUUCUAUUCUCAAAUUGCUUACUCAACUGGUACUCGUCCAUACUCAGUUGCAGUUGUUGAUGUAAACAACGACAACAAACCUGAUAUAGUGACGGUUAACUAUGCUGUAAGCACUGUUAGUGUUCUUUUGAAUAUUGGAAAUGGUAUAUUUGCGUUUCCAAUUAAUUAUGCAACUAGCAGCAGCCCAUCAUCAGUUGCGAUUGCUGAUGUAAACAACGACAAUCAACCUGAUAUAAUUACGGUUAAUUAUGGAACAGCCACUGUUAAUGUUCUUUUUAAUAUAAAAAAUGGAAGUUUUUCGUCUCAAAUUAUGUACGCAACUGGAAGCAGUCCACAAUCAGUAGUAAUUAUUGAUGUGAACAAUGACAAUAAACCUGAUAUAGUUACAGCGAACAAUGAUGCGAAUACUAUUAGUGUUCUUUUCAAUGCAGGCAAUGCUACAUUUUAUUCUCAAAAUAAUUACUCAAUUAGCAAUGGUUCGUUUUCAGCAGCGGUUGUUGAUGUAAACAAUGACAAUAAGCCUGAUAUAAUUGUAGCAAACUAUGCUUCAAAUACUGUUAGUAUUCUUAUUAAUACGGGCAAUGGCAUAUUUUCUAUUCGAAAUAAUUAUUCGACUGACUCCUUUCCACGAUCAGUUGCUGUGGUUGAUGUAAAUAAUGACAAUCAACCUGAUAUAAUUACAGCAAACUAUGCUUCAAACACUGUUAGUAUUCUUCUCAAUACAGGUAAUGCUACUUUUUCUUCUCAAAUUAAUUACCCAACUGGCAACGGGUCAUAUUCAGUUGCGGUUGUCGAUGUGAACAGUGACAACAAGCCUGAUAUAAUUACGGCCAAUAAUGAUGCAAAUACUGUUAGUAUUCUUCUCAAUAAAGGCAAUGGUACAUUUUCUUCUCAAAUUACUUACUCAACUGGUUCUUAUCCCCGCUCAAUUGCUGUGUCCGAUGUAAAUGAUGAUAACAAACCUGAUAUCAUUACGGCUAACUAUGGGACAGGCACUAUUAGUGUUCUUGUGAAUAUCGGUAAUGGUACAUUUUAUUCUCAACUCAGUUACUCAGUUGGUUCUUAUCCCCGCUCAAUUACUGUGUUCGAUAUAAACAGUGACAGCAAACCUGAUAUAAUCACAGGGGAGACUGGUAUACCCGCUAUUGGUGUUUUUCUCAGUAAAGGGAAUGGCACGUUUAAUCCUAGAAUCAGUUACUCGGCUGGUAAUUAUCCAUAUUCGGUUGCUAUUGCUGAUUUGAAUAAUGACAACAAACCUGACAUAGUUACGGCGAACAAUGAUGCACUCAAUGGCGCAAAUUAUGUCGGAAUCCUGUUUCAUUGUUAG